GGAUGCGGGUGCCGCCCACAGGUUGGUGCUGCAGACACUGUAGCCUUGUCAGCCAAUCAAUACAUGGGGCUGACUCCUUGUCGCCAGGCUCGGGUGUGUAACUAGCCACCCGACAUCUCUACCACCGCGAUUCAUAUCUUGCUACUCUUCGGAACCAGUUUGUUUUGGAUUCUACUCAAGUAAUUACAAAAAAGAAUUGAGUGCUAGAGUGUGCCGUGUUACAAAUAUCUUGUAAACUGAGCUUCGUAAGACCUCUUUGGAAUGUAGUUACUCCACUUUUCGGCAUUGUUCACAUUUUUGACAACAAAAAUGCGUCUGCGUGUCCAAGGAGGUUUUUUUUCUUACCUUGGAGACAAGUGACAAAUGAUCAUGCGCCGAGCGGAGUGAAUCUUGUUCAAGAGUUUUUUCUCUUCGUCAGUGUCGUGUGAUCUUCUCUUUGAUUUAGUGUUUCAAGACAAACACUGUUCUUUCCUAUAGUGUGAGUCUUAUUUGCCAGGAAGGGAAAAGUUCUCAUCUCAUUGGCAUGGCGUUCUCAUGUCUUUUGGAAGGAAUCUUUAUCCUCCAAGUCUUCUGUCUGAAUCUGUCUACGAGCAAGCGAGGUGAGGAUGAUGUUUUAUUUUCUUUGUCGCCUCAUCAUUCUUCAGACACCUGGAGUCAUGAAAUGCCGGUGGAGAUGUCCCACGAGAAACGCCUCAUUCGGGACCUAAUCCGCGACUACAAGAGCCUGGGCAUCAUGGGGCGGCCGGUGAAGGAUCAGAACGACACCAUCACCAUCUCCUACGGCUUGUCGUUGAUCCAGAUCAUGGAUCUCGAUGAAAGGAACCAAAUCCUGACGACAAACGUCUGGGCUACUUACAAUUGGAACGAUAUGUAUCUUCGCUGGAACUUGGAGGAAUAUGGCAACAUCACCACAGUGAGGGUUCCAAACGAGGACAUCUGGAAACCGGACAUCAAACUGUACAACUACGCCGACACGAGGUUGAACGAGCUGCGCGACGCUCAGUGUGUGGUGUCGCAUGACGGCGGGGUGGUGUGGAUCCCACAAGCCAUCUUCAAGUCCUCUUGCUCCAUCGACAUCACGCACUUCCCUUUCGACGUGCAGACCUGCCACCUCAAGUUUGGUUCGUGGACGUACGACGGUUCCAAGCUGGACCUGCAGUUCCUGUACGGGCCGUACUUUGAGCUCAACGACUACAUCCGCAGCAACGAGUGGGACAUCGUGGACUCCAGCGCCAAGCGCAACGUCAAGUACUACCCUUGUUGCCCGGAGCCCUACGUUGACCUCGUCUUCAACCUCAAGAUGCGGCGAAAGGUGGCCUUCUACAACUACAUCCUCAUCCUGCCUUGCGUCCUCCUGUCCUCGCUCACCUUGGUGCUCUUCUGGCUGCCGCCUGAGUCGCCAGCUAAGAUGCAGCUUGGCAUGAACAUUUUUGUGGCGUUUUUUGUGCUACUUUUACUGCUGGCGGAGUCGACACCACCAGCAGCCUCCAGCAUCCCACUCAUUGGUGCCUACUACUGCCUCAACAUGGUGCUCAUCACCUUGUCCACCCUACUGUCUGUCGUGGUGGUAAACCUCUACUUCCACGGCUCCCGCACCAACGUACCAAGACUCUUCAAAAAGAUCAUGGUGGACGUCUUCGCCUACGUCUUCUGCAUGCGGGCCCAGCUCAUUAGCCCUAAGGAGGCUGCUGCUGCCAACAGCGCCACCGUGUACGCCACAAACGCACGUGACAGACGACUCGCGGAUAUCAAGUACGACCGGGUAGGCAUGAGCGAACAGCAAGGCGACACCCAGCGGCAGUACGCCACCACGAACGGCAACCCUGGCAUCCCUUCCGUCAGCGAGAGUGAUGUCCCACCGGAAGUGAUGAGUAACCUCCUCCCUCAGUUCUUCAGCCUGGAGUGGGAGGUGAAGGAGAUCCGCAGACAUUUGAAAUGCAUCGCGGAACGCAUGGCUGAUAAAGAAGAAGGGGAGAAAAAAGCCAGGGAAUGGAAGGUGGUGGCCCUCGUGCUUGACAGGCUGUUCUUCUUCCUCUAUCUGGCCGUCCUCGUCGUCUCCGCCUUCACACUUUUCGAAACGAGGCUGCUGCAAUCAGAGGCAGUUAACGACGGCCUAGGACAGACGUGAUUAUGGCGAUCUUCUUGGCGCAUCAUAUUCUGUUUUUUCUCUCUAUCUCGGAUUUUAAAACUGUUUCGUGGAAUCACAAUAUUCAUCUAACUGUGAGGCGCCCAGUUUCUAACAUGGAACAGAACAAUCGUGCCAGAGAAAAUACGGAUGUAUUUAUGACAACCUCUUAAGUUUAAAUGUUGAAA